UCGCGUGGUGCUCCUCUCGCCGCUCGACCUCUUCCACACCAGCCAGAUGCCCAUCGUCCUCUUCUACGAGAACGCCCCCGCCGGGGCGGCGGCGCGCAUCGAAUCGGGGCUGGCAACCGUGCUGGAUCACUACCCGGAGCUCGCUGGACGGAUCGGGCGCGACGAGCUGGGCCGCCACUGCAUCCAUCUCAACAACGAAGGCGCGAUCUUCGUCGAGGCGGUAUGCGCGUCCGAGGAGCUGGCUCCCUUCCUGGACAAGCGCGGGAACGACGUCAAGGAUCUCGUCGGCUCGUCGACGCUGGAGCUGGGCGAUGGGAUGAACCGCGUGCCGCUCAUCAUCCAGGUGACGCGCUUCGCUUGCGGGGGGCUGGCCCUCAGCUGGGAGGGACACCACCGCGUGUGCGAUGGCUCCGCCCACACGCAGUUCUUGCUCAACUGGGCAUAUGCUGCAAGAACCGGAUCCCUCACUCCAGGAUUCGUCCCGCUCAUCCACGACCGAUCUUUCUUGUUUCCCAGAAAUCCCCCGGUCGUGGAGGAUCCACUAGUAAAGUUCAUCCACAAGAAAAUGUCGCGCACCACCGUCCCGGGGCAAGAGGUCCUCACUCUCACGUCAAACCUGACGAGCAAGCAGAUCUCCCACCUCAAAUCUCUCUGCGGGAACAAAUACACCACCUACGAAACACUGAGUGCGCACUUCUGGAGGUGCAUGACCGCAGCCAGGAACUUCGAAGACCGGAGCACUCUGGUCGGGCAUUUUUGUCCUGCGAAUGGUCGUUCCAUCCUCAAUGCCCCGCCCGGGUUUUUUGGUAACGCCAUUUACCUCACUUUUGUCCAGACGAGCGCCGCGGAUCUGCUGGAUGGAUCGCUGGAGCACGCCGCGGGGCUCAUCCGGCAGGCCGUCAAGCGCGCCAGCAACCGUGUGUUCCUCGAGUCGGUGAUCGACUACCUGGCGCUGGAGCAAGCGAGUGAAGAUGCCCAGCCGCCGCAGCCCGAGGCCAAGGACCAGAGCUGGAUCCCAAAUGUCAUGAUCCCGUGCUGGUCGAAGUUUCCAUUAUAUGAGGUUGACUUUGGGUUUGGCAAUCCAUUCCGGUUCUCCACUGUGAAUAUGGGGAUUGAGGGGGCGUUCACGAUUGGGCCACCGCGCAAGGAGGGAAUCACGGAGGUGCUCAUCAAUGUGCGCAAGGAGCACGCCCAGAGCUUGCUCACUCACCUUGGCAACUGUACUCAGGGAUAUUUCUAGAUUUAAACGUUGCUUGAUAGAUUUAUUUUUCUACA